AUGCUGCGGUGGGGUCAUUACGACGGCGAUGACUACGCCGCGCACGGCCAACUGGCGGUUGUUCCCCAAACCACCACCACCACCACCACCUCACGCUUCAAGCUUCCUGACGGGUGGCGCGUGCAAAAGGUUCUCCGUUCUGACGGAUGUCGAAUCGACAAGUAUUACCACGAGCCAGAGACUGGACACAAGUUUCGAUCCCUUAAAGAAAUCGAGAGAUAUAUAAAAGGAGAAGUGUAUAGACCAAGACAGAGGUCAUUGAAGAAUUCUGCUGAUAGGAGGGCGUUCGGUUAUGGUAGAAAGAGUAUUGGUUCUCGGAAGAUGAUCAUUUCUGGUGGCAAGAUGUUGAAGCUGGAUGAGGAGGUAUACAAUCAUUGCCAAAUGGCUGUGGUGGGCCAGACAAUGGUACGCACCUCGCCUUUCAAUCUCCCUGAUGGUUGGGUUGUGGAGGAGGUACUCCGUCGGUGUGGUGGCUCUGCUGACAAGUACUACUAUGAGCCGGGGACUGGACGGAAGUUUCGAUCCCUGAUAGCUGUUGAAAGACACCUAGCAGGACAGACAGAAAAUGCACCACUAUCCAUGGGACUAGCAGAACAUACAGAAAAUGCACCACAACCCAUGGCACUUGCAGAAUUUAAUGAAAAUGUUCCCCUGUCCAUGGCAUUCAAAUUGGGAAAUCAUAUAAAGAAUCCUAGUUCAUCGAAGAAAAACAUUUCUAGAGACAAGGUUCAAUCGUCAACAUUUACCAGCCCCCCAGUGAAAAUCAAUUGGGUUCUUGCUAGUCCUGGAGGGGAUUCAUGGAACCCUUUCAUCGGUGAAACACUGGUUCCAGAAUCUGUAAAGCAGCAAUGGGCCCAAAGAUUUAUGUUAUACAUCAACAACAGUAACCACGACGCACCAAAUUCUGGAUGAGUAAGUGGAUUAUGAGUAGCAGACGAAGAAUUCAUGAAAGAACAAGUGAGGUUUAUUAGCUCAUCUUUCUGGUGAGGCAGUGUUGCGGUUGAUUUAUCGAACUGUGCACUGAUCUGUACAGUCUUAGACUCUUGUUAAUUUCCGUUAUUUUAACCAGUGUAUAAAAGUCUCCUUUUUCUCUUUUCCCUCCUCUUUCGAUGGUUGUGAUAUAGUCGGCUUUCCCAAACCUUAAGAAGGUUUCAUUGAAAUUCCUGUAGUACGUGUUUGAACUUGAAUUGAUGGGGC